AUGGAUACUGACAUAGAACAUUUAGAUAAAGAAUGUGAUAAGGUAGGAAUUGAUAAGGAGAUUGAUUGUGAUGAAACUAUUGAAGAACCAAUAGUAGGAAUGAGCUUUUCAUCUGUAGAAGAAGUUCGGUCUUACUAUAUGAAAUAUGGUAAGCAAAAGGGUUUUGGAGUGUGUAAAAGGAAUUCUAGACAAGAUGACGAUGGGAAUGUCAGAUGGAUUUGCUUGGCAUGUGCACGAGGAGGCACAUCAAAGAGUAAGGCUGCCAAUGUUAUGAAACCAAGACAGACAGAGAAGAUAGGGUGUAUGGCUAGGAUUAACGCGAGGCUGAAUGAUGAAGGUGGAUAUACCCUAUCUAAAGUGACCUUGGAUCACACACACGUUUGUAGUCCGGGAAAGGCAAGGCAUUUUAGAUGCUUUAAGAAAGUUGAUGCUCGUGUGGCUAAGAGGCUUGAAAUAAAUGACGAGGCAGGAAUAAGGUUGUCCAAAAAUUUCAAGGCUGUGGUUGUUGAGGCGGGGGGUUACGAGAAUGUGCCAUUCGGGGAGAAGGAGUGUCGAAACUACAUCGACAAAGCUAGACAACUUCGCCUCGGGGUUGGAGGUUUUACAGCUCUAUGUAACUAUUUCGAUGAUAUGCAAAAAAGAAAUCCAGAGUUUUAUUAUAAGAUAGACGUUGACAAUGAGAUGCGGUUAAAGAAUGUGUUUUGGGCAGACGCCCGAAGUAGAGCUGCGUAUGAAUCAUUUGGGGAUGUGAUUACAUUUGACACGACAUAUUUGACUAAUGCAUAUAAGAUGCCUUUUGCACCUUUUGUGGGUGUGAACCACCAUGGGCAGUCAAUCCUAUUCGGGUGUGGAUUAAUAUCCAACGAGGACGCAAAUACAUUUGAGUGGUUGUUUGAGUCAUGGUUGAAAUUUGAUGAAGAUCCCCUUGAUGUUAAAUGCAGUUGUAAGUUGUUUGAGUUUAGGGGCAUAUUAUGCAGGCACGCUCUUCGUAUCUUGACUCAACUAGGCAAGGAUACAAUACCAUCAAAAUAUAUCUUGGAUCGGUGGAAGAAGGAUGUAAAGCGAAAAUACAUCUUCGUGAAAAGUAGUUAUGACACUAGUAGCAUCGACGAUACCCGAAGGUACGAUAGGAUCCAAAAUGUCUUCUAUGAACUGUGUUCCAAUGCUUCAAAGGCCGAGAGCAGCUGUGUGAAAUUGAUUAGCCAGAUAGAACAAUUGAAGGUACAGUACCCUGGUAUCGUUGAUUGUGAUACUAGCACCACAGUUGAUCCAGUUACUUCUAUGGAGGGCACGACAGGUAGAGUUCUUAGUCCGUUAGUAGUUCGAAGUAAGGGAAGACCACCGACUAAAAGAAAAGUGCACCCCGUUGAGAAGAGUCUUAAGAAAUCUAGUACGAGAAGGCGAUUGCACCGUGACGAAGUCGAGGUUCCUUUUUAUUAAUAUUGUGUACUAAAUUUACAUUUCAAAAAAU